AUGCUUUUCUCUAGAUCAGAUAUACCUUGGUUGAUCAUGGGUAGUAUAGCUACUAUAAUAGGGGCAUUGGCUCCUGCUAUAUCCUCAAUCUUGAUGGGUAGAGUUUUCCAGGUGCUAGCCAAAUUUAUGAAAGGUGAAUACCAUGGUUUUGGUGAUUACAUGCAAGCUAUUAGACUAUCAACAAUGUCAUUAGUUAUAAUGGGUGCCUCUUGUGUCCCUUUCGUUUGGACAACUAUCUCUUGUUGGAUGCAAAUAGGUGAGAGCCAAGGUUUAAAAGCGAGAACAAAUAUAUUGGAAACAUAUAUAACAAAACCAAUUUCAUGGUAUGAAGAAAACGAUAAGGUUAUGGGUGAUUUAACCCAAAUCAAUAGAUGCGUUGAAGAAUUAAGAGCUGGAACUUCAGAAGCAACUGCUUUGUUUUUGCAAAGUAUUGUGUGUAUGGGUGCCCUAUUGGGGACUUCUUUUUAUUAUUCUUGGUCUGUUACCCUUGUGAUGUUGGCAAGUUCUCCAUUGAUUGUUGUUUUCGCUUAUGUUUUUGCUAGGCUAACUGAGAAAUUCACAAAACAAGAAAACACUGAAACAGCAUUUGCUGCUAAAAUCUUGGAUUGGUCAUUAAUAUCUUCAAAAUUGGUUAGAUUAUUCUCUACUCAAUCAUUGGAAUUCAACAAGUUUGAAACAUCAGUUUUGAAAUGUAAAAGAGCUUUUUUAAAAUUGAUUUUGGUUACAAGUGCAAAUAUGGGAUUAAUGAGAUUCAUUAUGCUUUGUAUGUUUGUUCAGGGUUUUUGGUUUGGUUCUUCUCAAGUUAGAAAAGGUAAAGUGGAAGCUGGUCAUGUUUUAACUUGUUUCACUUCUUGUUUGAUGCUUGGUGAAACUUUGAAAAGUGUUCUACCUCAAAUUGUUACAAUACAAAAGGCUAAAGUUGCCAUUCGCAAAAUCCAACAAUUUGUUCAAAUUAGAAAAUCAAAAACUAUGGUUAGUAAAUUUAAAACCCAAAUUGCUUUAGAUGAUACUAAAAACAUUUCACUUUAUCCUGAAUCUUGUCGUGGUGAUAUUAAAUUCAAAAGCGUUGAAUUUGCUUACCCAACUAGAUUUGAUACAAAAGUUUUGAAAAAUGUCACAAUCCAUUUCCCAGCUGGCAAAACAACCUUCUUAGUCGGUAGGUCAGGCUCAGGUAAAUCUACUUUAAGUAGUUUAUUGCUAAACUUUUAUGCUCCAAACAAAGGUAGAGUGGAGAUUGAUGGAUUCAGUGUUUCAAAUUUGAACUCAAGAUGGUUAACUGAUAAUAUCACAUUAGUUGAACAAACAUGUACUUUAUUUAAAGAUACAAUUAGAAACAACAUCCUCAUGGGUAAGAUUUCAUCUGGUGUUGAAAAUGUAACAGAAGAACAGUUAAAUGAAGCCUGUCAAAUGGCUUUGCUUAAUGAAGUUAUUCGCGAUCUUGAUGAGGGAUUAGAUACAGUUGUUGGUCCAAAUGGUAUUGCAUUAAGUGGUGGUCAACAGCAAAGAGUUGCUUUAGCUCGUGCCAGGGUGAGGGAUACUCCGAUUUUGAUCCUUGAUGAAUCUGUUUCUGCCUUAGAUAUUGUUUUGAGAGAACUUGUCAUUGCUGCCAUCAAGAAAUGGAGAGUUGGUAAAACUACUAUUAUCUUGACGCAUGAAUACAGUCAAAUCGGUAAAGAUGAUUAUGUCUAUCUUAUGGAGAGCGGUGUGGUUGCUGAGCAUGGUGUUAGAAAAGAGCUUGAGCAAGCUGAUGGUUUAUUUCAACGUUUGACUAGUUUACAGGAUACAACAGUGGAAAAAUUACAAGAUGGUAAACUUGAAGAUCUGCCUGAAUCCAAACCGGCAUUCAAAUCGUGGGAAGAGGAACAAAGAAAAACUUUCCUCAACCAAGUUGGGUCUCGUGUUUCAACUCAAAUGUUUUCCACAAUCAAUCCAUUAAGCUUCUUAGGUCAAAAUCUUGAGCAUGAAGUUGAUACUCGUGAGAUCUUGGAUAGAAAAAUUCAAAGAAGAAGAAGAUUAGGCUCUCCAGAAGUCACAGAAACUUUACAUACCCCUAUCGAAAAAGAUUUGGAAAAGGGUGAAGAUAAAAAGGAUGCAGAUGAAAGACCAGAUAUUACACCAAUCUUGACAAUUAUUAAAAAAAUGUAUCAGUCUGUUGAUCAAAAACCAAUAUUAUUUGUUGGUUUGUUGUUUUCCAUAUUGAACGGUGCUGUUAACCCAAUUUUCUCGUACACUUUUUCAAAAUUGUUAUCAGGUAUUGUUCCACAAAAUGAUGAUGUUGGAUCACCUCGCUAUCUGUUGAAAUGGUCAUUGGUUGUUAUAUUUUUAGCUUUAUUUGAUGGUAUCUCUACUUUUGUCAAAGAAUUCUUGCUACAUUACUCUAGUGAAAUUUGGAUUUUUUCAUUGAGAAAAAGAGCUUUUAGGGCCAUCUCUGAUCAAGGUCUUUCAUGGUUUGGUGAAAAGACUAAUGCGCCAGCUGAAGUUUCCGCUCUAUUAUUGAAUGAUGCUAGAGAUUUGAGAUCAUUAGUUUCACAGUUUCUUGGAAUUGUUUCAACUGCAUCUAUUUUGGCUAGUUUAGGUUUGAUUUGGGCCUUGGUUUCAGGAUGGAAAUUAUCAUUGGUUUGUAUUGCUUUCCUUCCUGCUUUUGUCAUCACAUCAGGUUUAUAUGCUGGUUUUUUGCAAUCUUCAGAAAAUGAAUACAAAAAUGCUGUUGCCGAAUUAGAAAAUCAAACCUAUGAGACUGUUAAAGGUAUUAAAACUAUCAGGGUUUUAAGACUGGAAAAAUAUUUCAUAAACAAAUUUCACGAAAGAGCUGCAGAAUUACAAAGAGUCUCCCGUAAAAGAUCUAUCUUGACUGGUAUGGGUGUUGCUGUAACAAGUCUAUUGACGUUUGUUGUUCAAGGUACUUUACUAUAUUUUGGUAUGAGACUUGUUGGUAAAGGUGAAUACACUACAGAUAUGCUUAUGCAAACAUUUGUUUUGUUAAUUUUUUCAAUUAUGAGCUGUGUUCAAUUGAUCAAUGAAAUCCCGGAUAUUAGCAGAGGUCAAAGAGCUGCUACUUAUAUUUUCCGUUUGCUUGAUUUGGAACCUUCAAAGACAGAAACGAUUGGCUCUGUCAUUCCAGAAGCUGAAGAAAAGAACAUAAUAAAUUUUGACCAUAUGAACUUUUGUUAUCCUUCAUUACCAGACCAUAAAGUUUUGAAAAAUUUAAGCUUAAAUAUUAAACAAGGUGAACAUGUUGCAGUUAUUGGUGAAUCAGGUUCUGGUAAAUCAACACUUACAUUAUUAUUGACUAGAUUAUUUGAUGUUCCAGAAAAUUCAUUAUUUUUUGAAGGUGUUGAUAUUAAUAAAAUUGAUAUCAAAUGGUUGAGAAGUGCAAUUGCCCUAGUUGACCAAAAAGCCACCUUCUUUGAUGGUACAAUUCGUGAAAAUAUUACAUAUGGUCUUGAAGAAGUUACAGAUUCAGAACUAAUAGAUUCUUUAAAACUUGCAAACAUUUAUGAUUUUGUUGUUUCCUUACCAGAAGGAUUAGAUUCAAGAAUAGAUACUUCAUUAAUGUCUGGUGGCCAAGCUCAAAGAUUAUCAAUUGCCAGAGCUCUUGUUAGAAAUCCAAAAUUGUUGAUCCUUGAUGAAUGUACUUCAGCGUUAGAUUCUGAAGGUGCAAGUAAGAUUGCAGAUUUGAUCAAAAACAAUUUGAAGAAUAGAAAAGAUAUGACAAUUUUAAUGAUUACACAUUCUGAAGAUAUGAUGAAAGUGUCUGAUAAAGUUGUUACAAUGAAAGCUGGUACAAUAUGUGAAGAAGGUUCAUUUAAUGAGUUGUUUAAUAGACGUGGUGAACUAUUUAGAAUAGUUACUGCAGGUAUGGAAGGUUAA